AUGGCAUUUGAUAAUUUGAUGGCGAUGGAGCAGCCAUGGAUGUUCCGCCCCCAAUUCGGCGACGCUUGGAUCGCCGACAUCUUUGCCAAGGAAACCGAUACCCUAACAAAGGCUCUGCAGAAAUCGAUCUCCACGACCUCGUCCGCCGGCGACGCCUUCUCCGCUGAGAUGGCCUUCGCCAAGCCCUCUCCGCCGACCCCCUCCGAUGGCUCCGAGAACGACGCUGCGGUGUCGAAGCAGCCCUCUCCUGUCGCCGCAAAGGAGAAACAACAGCCUUCCGAUGCGUCUUCUUUCAAGAAGUAG